AUGAAACAGCAAGGGCAGACUCUUUUCAGUCUAGGGCCCGGAGAAUGCUCAAAAUAUACAACAUCAAAACCAACCACUAUCACCAAGCCAACUACAACCACCCCAGAACCAACCACAACCACUCCAGAACCAACCACAACCACUCCAGAACCAACCACAACUACCCCAGAACCAACUACUACCCCCAAACCAACCACAACUAUAAAAUCCACAACUGUUCCAACUACAUCAACUCCUGAACUUACCACUCCUAAACCCACAACCACUGUAGAACUGACCACACCGGAACCAACAACUACCCCAGAAUUAACUUCCACGAGAAAUCCAGCAAGUACCCAAAAAUCAAUUGCCAGCCAAAAACCAACUGCCACUGCAGCUGUCCUGUCUAAGGCUACAACAACCUCAGCCAAAGUUCCCACUACUGUUAAACCCCCAGUUUCUACACAACAGUUGCCAAGUACAACCAAAAGACAGUGCAUGUAUAAAGGAUGCCCCUCACCCUAUCCAUAUGUUUGUGGCAGUGACUACCACAGCUAUGCAUGUGAAAAUAACCUUGAUUAUUGGAAUUGUUACCGUGGCACCAACGUCACUGUUGUCCACAAAGGUCAGUGUGGCAAGUGCCAACAGGUCAAGUGUCCAGCUGAUGCCAAACCUGUGUGUGCUAGAAAUGGAAAGCAGUACCAAUGUAAAGAGGCCCUUGAUUACUUGAACUGUUUGCAGGACACCAGGAUAGGAAUCCUAUAUAAAGGCCAGUGUUGUGAAAACAUAAGAAGUUGUUACUAUCGCGAUAGCAGUGUAUGUGGUACAGAUGGAAAAACCUACAGUUGUGCUAGUAGUGUUACAUACUGGAACUGCAGAAACAACAACACUGUUCAGGUUGCUCACACUGGGUCAUGCAGGACUUCUGCUACUUCCUUCUCCAAGUGUUCACUGAAUGAAUGUGCUCCAAACAGUAGACAAGUGUGUGGAAAUGAUGGAAAACAGUAUACAUGUAAAGAAAGGCUUGAUUACUUAAACUGUGUGUAUCAGACCAGUAUUAAGGUAGCCAAAUGCUGCACUCACAAGGGCUGCCGUUACAGAGAUGUGCAAUGUGGAACUGAUGGCAAAAACUAUCAGUGUGAAAACAGCAUAGAUUACUGGAACUGUAGGAAUGGCACCAACACCAAGAUAGCCCACUCAGGAUACUGUGAAGUGGCGGGACAUUACUCUAAGUGUGUCCUUAAAGAAUGUGCAAAUGACAGCAAACCUGUAUGUGCCAGUGACACUAACAGAAGAUAUGAUUGCAAGGAGUCUCUAGACUACAUGAACUGUGUCAGAAACACAAGUGCAUUGGCAUACAAUUGUUGCCCAACCAUAAGAUGCAGAUCAUGGGAAGAUUAUGUCUGUGGAAGUGAUGGAACCACAUAUUCAUGUAAGUACACUUUAUUUAGUCUUUAA